UAUGACAAAUCAUCGUACAAGGCGGCGUAAUUCAAUUUCACUGUUAUUUUUAACCGCCAAAGUUUGGUUUUGUGAACAUUUCGUGUAUAUUUCUCGCUUGGCAUGGACAAUUCACAUCCAAUCCUGAUUGAAAUUGCCUGCUCCAAAGGAUUUAGCAAAUCUCUUCCCACGUCGGAUCUUAACCAAGCAAUACACCUGUAUCUGUCGGAGUGUAAAAGCCUUCCCAAAGAUCAUGUAUUUCGCGUCAACUGCCCGAAGGUGGAGAGCGUUAUGGUUUGCAACGAAAUAACAGAAAACACACCCCGCACCGAUCUCCAGUUGUACACUUAUCAGCUCCACGAUGGUAGUGGAGAAGAGGAAACAAUCGAGCAGGAUGGAGACGAAGUCCAGAUAGCGAAUCACUGGUUACUGCCGGCGCGAGAAUUCCAUGGUCUGUGGGAAAGUUUGCUGUUCGAGGGUACUAUAAAGGAAGAUUUGCUCAGCUUUAUGCAGACUACGAUGCUGUUCUCCAAACAGAAUGUUAACUCUAAUUUGGUAGCCUGCAAUCGAUUGGUUCUACUUCACGGACCGCCUGGCACAGGCAAAACGAGCCUCUGCAAAGCUCUUGCUCAAAAGUUAGCGAUUCGAAUGAUUGACCACUACCGGCAUGCCCAUCUGAUAGAAAUCAACAGCCACAGCCUGUUUUCGAAGUGGUUUUCCGAAAGUGGCAAACUGGUACAGAAAGUGUUCGGUCAAAUACACGAAAUCUGCCAGCAGCGGACGUCCCUUGUGUGCGUCCUGGUGGAUGAGGUAGAGUCUAUUGUCUUCGCUCGGGAAUCCAUCUCGAACAACGAGCCAAGCGACAGCAUUCGAGUGGUCAACGCGGUUCUAACACAACUGGAUCGAAUACGCAAAUACUCGAACGUUUUCGUGCUAGCCACGUCCAAUCUAACUGGUAGCAUCGAUCUGGCUUUCCUCGAUCGGGCGGAUAUUGUACAGUUUAUUGGGAAUCCCACCCUGGGGGCAAUUUAUGAGAUUUAUCGCUCAGCCUUGCUUGAUCUGCAGAACGUGGAUAUUAUUAGCGAUAUGGAACCGAUUCCACCGCAUUCGGAGGCCACAGACGAAUCGGUAGUCGUCAAAACACUGAAGGAUGUCGCUCGGCUGAGCAUCGGACUUAGUGGUCGGAGUCUGAGAAAGGUUCCAUUUUUGGCACAUGCCUUGUUCGUAAAACAAAACGCAACGACGUUACUCAAGUUUCUCGGUGCCAUGAGAAGUGCCGUACGGCGCAUGAAAGCCGACAAAGAAAUGUUGGAUUCAAAAAAUCCUGCCGCAACUGUAACCGGAUCUGCUGGUAACCGCCAGAACGGACACGGUCCGAACGCGUCUUCCUCGAUAUGAGAAACGGUAAGCUUUAGAUAUUGUGUUUCUGUUGAACCUGUCAAUUGUGAUCUAUUUCAUUUAAUCUAAUUUGUACUGGAGAAAAAAAAUUUAAACAAAUUUCAGUAAUU